AAGGGUACACUUAAAUAAUUUUGUGCCUACCUCAAAGUCUUUUCUUUUUCAGCCCCUCUCUUCUUCCCUAUCCCCCUUUAUCUUAAGCUAGAAAGUUGAGUUGGGAGAGAGAUACCAAGAGUUAAUUAAACUCUAACAUACCCGCUUGGUGUUGCUUAAUUUUGUUGAACAGAAAAGCAAAAGAACAUGGGCUCAAUGAACUCAAACAACUGGCUUUCAUUCCCCCUUUCUCCAACACAUUCUUCCAUGCCACCUCAUCUCCAAGCAACUCAUGAGUCUCAUCAGUUUUCUCUUGGGACUUUGGUGAACGAGAACAUGGAAAGCCCUUUCCAAAAUCAUGAUUGGAACCUGAUUCACACACACAGUGACAACGAAGUUCCAAAGGUUGCAGAUUUUCUGGGUGUGAGCAAGUCUGAGAAUCAGUCAGAUCUUGCAGCCUUUAAUGAAAUUCAGUCCAGUGACUCGGAUUACUUCUUCAGCAACAACAGUAGUCUCAUGCCGGCGAUGCAACAAAACUCAGUGGUAGCCGCCACUAAUUCUGGCAGUUAUGAGUAUCAAGAAAGUGCUAACAACAACCUGCAGUCAUUGACAUUGUCCAUGGGAAGUGGAAAGGAUUCAACAUGCGAGACAAGCGGUGACACUAGCACAAACACAACUGUUGAAGCUACUGCUGCUGCACCUAGAAGAACCUUAGAAACCUUUGGCCAGAGAACAUCAAUAUAUCGCGGUGUAACAAGACAUAGAUGGACUGGAAGGUAUGAAGCUCAUCUUUGGGAUAAUAGUUGUAGAAGGGAAGGACAAUCAAGAAAAGGUCGCCAAGUCUAUUUGGGUGGGUAUGACAAAGAAGAGAAAGCAGCGAGGGCUUAUGAUUUAGCAGCAUUGAAGUAUUGGGGGACAUCUACCACUACCAACUUUCCCAUCAGUAACUAUGAAAAGGAAUUGGAAGAAAUGAAGCACAUGACAAGACAAGAAUUUGUGGCCGCCAUAAGAAGGAAGAGCAGUGGAUUCUCACGGGGUGCAUCAAUGUAUCGCGGAGUCACACGGCACCACCAGCAUGGAAGAUGGCAAGCGAGGAUUGGAAGAGUAGCAGGAAACAAAGAUCUUUAUUUGGGAACUUUCAGCACUGAGGAAGAGGCUGCAGAAGCAUACGACAUCGCAGCGAUAAAGUUCCGAGGCCUAAACGCAGUGACAAACUUCGACAUGAGCCGCUACGAUGUGAAAGCCAUCCUUGAAAGCAACACUCUCCCAAUAGGAGGAGGUGCUGCAAAAAGAUUAAAAGAAGCACAAGCUCUAGAAUCUUCUAGAAAAAGAGAAGAGAUGAUGGCACUAGGGUCAAGCUUUCAGUACGGAAGCUCAAGUGUCGUCUCAAGCGCUAGGCUUCAACAACAACAAGGUGGAUGUUACCCUCUAAUGCAGUUCGAUCAACAACAACCGCCACAACCUUUUCUCACGCUGCAAAACCAGGACAUGGGGACUCAGUACGGUCAUCAAGAUGCGGCGGCAUCAUUUCAUCAACAGGGUUACAUCCAAACGCAGCUUCAGUUGAACCAGCAAAGUGGUCUGUUUUAUAAUAGUUACCUUCAGAACCACCCGGGUUUGCUUCAGGGGUUGAUGAACAUGGGUUCUUCCUCUUCUUCUUCGUCUGUGAUGGAGAAUGGUGGCGGUGGUGAUGGCGGAGGUUAUGGUUUUAUGGGAUUCGGUAGUAAUAAUGGGCUUGGAAUUGGAAUGGGUUCGAGUAAUGUUGUGGGAUCAGGGGAGGAGCAUGCGCUUGUUAAGGUUGAUUAUGACAUGCCUGCUGCGGGUUAUGGCGGCUGGUCGGCGGCGGCAGACACCAUACAGGGUUCAAAUGGUGGUGGUGUAUUUACAAUGUGGAAUGAUUUAUGAUUGAGUCUAAGAAGAGGUGGAGGGGAGGGACACUAAGCUAACUAGUAUGGCACUAACCAUUUUGCCAUACAAUUUUCUUGUUCUUUUCAUUAGUUUUCUUUUUUUAUUUUUAAUUCUGCUAUUAUGACAAGUGAAUUAAGUGGGCGAAAAAAGGAAGUGACUAGUUUUCUUUGGAAUGUUGUCAACUACUAAUCAAGCUCAUAUAUUCUGUGUACUUAAUUAGUGGAAUGGCUUUCUUAGCUGGAUGGUUAAUUUUGCUUGAUUUA